AUGAAUUUGGACUCAAAGGCAAUGUACAAGGAAUGGAAAGACAGUCUUGCGCACGCUAAACCGAUGCCUCUACUUGCCCUUGUAGCUUCCCUUUCUGGUAUUGGAGCUUAUGCCCUGAAACCUAAAGCAAGGGGCUUGCCUUGGCUGAUUGCUGGAGGUGCAAUGGCGGCCCUAUUACCAUACACGGCUUUGGUCAUAUGGCCAUUCGCCAUUGGACCGAUCUACAGCGAAGAGAGAGCCGAAAAGAAGGGAGUAGACUAUGCGAAAGAACACAUCGAAAAAUGGAACAAGCUACAUGCUGUCCGGACUGUGGUUUCCAUCGCUGUGUUCGGCUGGUGUGUGUAUAACUUCAAGAAAUAA